UUCAAGAUGGCGACUCCCUCUGUUGUCAAGUUCCACAGGUCGACCAAAUGUUGAGUGAAAAAACCGAGGCAGCGUUCGAAACAAGAUUAAUUAAUGGACUUCUCAUCCACGUUGUGAGCCCUUGCAUUAAUAGGACAUGAAUUCUAAUGACAAAAAGGAGUUUAGACGACUCCAAAAAGCCAAACUUAAGGCACAAGCGAGUGGCAAACUAAAGGACGAAGCUGAGCUCUGCAAUGUCCUGGGAGAACUACUGUCCCGACAUGGAGAGUACGAGGAAGCCAUAAAGGAACACCAGCAGGAAUUACGGCUGUCUGAGUCCUUGCAGGAUGUCAUCGGCGCUGCCGUCGCCAGCCGAAAAAUUGGCGAAUGCUACAGUCAGUUGGGCCACUAUAAGAAGGCCCUCCUCUAUCAAGGGCGCCACCUAGAGUUGGCGCGCUCAGUGAAGAACCACGUCGAGGAGCAGCGGGCGCAGGCGACCAUCGGCCGGACAUUCUUAAUCCAGGGGGAGAGCAUGCGACAGGAUCAUCCCAAUGAGGCGAUCCAUGUGCUGCAGAAAGCACGAGAGUCAUUCCUCAAGAGCCUGGAAGUGUGUGGUCUCCUGAAGGGCGUAGUCUCAGACAAGGAGCUGAUGGAAAUGAAAGCCCGACUGUACCUGAACAUUGGUCUGGUAUACGACUAUCAAGGAGACAAUGGUAACUCGGCCAAGUUCAUCAAGCAGGCCAUCUUCAUUGCUGAGAAGCACCAGCUUUUGGAGGACUUGUACAGGAGUCAUUGCUCCCAGGGCGACAUCUACCAGAGGACCGGGGAGAGCACCAAAGCGAUGCGAUCCUUUGAGAAUGCCAUGAAGGUUGCCAGGCGACUCAAGGAUAAGAACUUGGAGAGUGAAGCCUUGUCAUCCUCAGCUAAUGUGUUCAUCCUGCUUGGAGACUUCCACGCUGCCAAGCGAGGCCUCAAGAAAGCUUACAAACUGGGCUCCCAGAAACCAGAGGACAGAGAGCUGGUCAUCCGGACUCUCAAAGCAGCAAUCCACGGUUGUCGUCUUCAAGAGGAGCUUGAGGAGGCGGGAGAUGCUGCCUACCGAGAGAGACUUCCGUUGUACGAGUCGCUCGGUGACCUUUGCUCAAAGGUCAAUGCCUUUGCCAGGGCUGCUGUUUACUACCAGAAACAGCUGUCUUGUGCCAUGGCCCUGAAGUGUGACCCAAAAGAGCUGGUGCCCAUCUUUAUUUCACUGGCGACCACCUACGCAGAUGACGGCCAGCAUGGCAAGGCCAUCGAGAUGUAUCAUAAGGAGUUGGAGCUGAGAAAAGGUCACCCGAAAGAGGAGGCAAGGACGUGGCUGAACAUUGCCGAUGCUCAAGAGAGAUCCUGGCUGGCAUUCGAGACCAUCAAUCAGUCCUACAAGACAGCCGCGGAGCUUGCUAAAAAGUCCCAACAUCCCAAGCUCCAGCUGCUGGCUCUGAAGUCCAUGGCUCUCCUCCAACAGAAGCACAAGCAGGAGCUGUUGUACGGCAGCACGAUGGAGAAGAUCCACCAUCUCAAGGAGCAGCACGACAUUGCGUCGGACGAUGAGGAUGAGAUCAGCGAGGGGGAAGGAGAUGGGGGCAGAGAGGAGGAAGGGGAGGAGCAAAGCGAAUCCUGGGAGGUGGAUGAGCUGGAACUCUCCGAAUCAGAAGAGUCUGAGGUUGAGGAGGAAUACGACCGAUCUUUGGCUACCAAGAGAGCAAGGAAAACAAAGUUUGCCAAGAGGAAUGAGAAAGGAGAGACACUGCUUCACAGAGCUUGCAUCGACGGAAACAUCAGACAAGUCAGGAAGUUAUUACAGCAGGGUCACCCGGUCAACCCUCGCGACUACUGCGGGUGGAUCCCGCUGCACGAGGCCUGCAACUUUGGCCACCUGGCCGUGGUGGAAGCGCUGCUGGACCACGGCGCCGACAUCGACGACCGAGGCGGGGACGGCUGCAGUGGCAUCACCCCGCUCCAUGACGCCAUCAACGGCGGCAACUUUGACGUGGCCCAGUUGCUGGUGGAAAGAGGAGCCAACAUCCACGCCAAGGAUGACAAGGGCCUGAAUGCGGCCAACACACUGUCGCAGUGGUUGGAGACGUACGCCAGUGAUCUUGAUCAGGGUACCAGGCAGGAUGCAGAACAGUUGGCCGAGACACUUCAGCAAACCACAAGGGAAGGCAACCCUCAGCCAUCUCAGCCAAGGCCGAGAAGAGCCUUGGAUAACACCGAUCUGUUUGACAGAGAAGAUGGACCCAGUCAGGCCUCUACCUCCUAUCGUCACCAGCAAACAGCAUCCACUGGCAAUCUCAGAAGUGGGGAGACAGGAUCGAGAUGUAGAUCCACUCCUGCCAGAGACAAUCAGAGAUCACUUGGGGGGAAAGACCCCAUGUCUUCAAGAAACAGACGCAGGACAUCUCUUCUUCGGAGGGACGUAGGGAGAAACAGCAAGUGUGACUUGGAGGAUGAUGAGGACUGCUUUGAGACUCUGCCUGGCCCUGAUGCGGGAGAGGACUCUGAUGAAGGCAUGGAGAUAUCCCAGGAUGCAAUGCCUGUUAUGACAUCACAUACUCGGACCCGAAGAACUCCAGGGCAGCUACAAACAUCAGAUAGGACAGGAGAUGCACCAGAGGUUGAAAGCGAUCUAGUGUCAGAUGAGGAUUCUUACGAUAUUGAAGAUGAUGAUAUCAGUGUUUUCCCUUUACAAAAUGGCCAGAGUACGUCAGCAGCAGAUGCGUCAAAUGCCCGACAGGCCUAUAUCACUGCAGUGUCUAACGUUGGCAGUGCAGCAACAAGAAUCUCUCAGCGCCCAGCCCCAGCGGGCUCCUCCAAACCGAAGCCGACCAAUGACACGCCAGCUCUGAUACCAGAGGAGGAAUACACCGGCGGUGACAAUUGGCUGGUUCAAGAUGUCGCGACCCAGCCCUGCAAGCGCAAACGAAUGGACGUAGAUUAUGUAUUCCGGAAUUCUGGCUCGUCCUUGCCAAGCACUUCAUCUCCAGGUCUUAGUGAAAGUCAGUUGAGAGGCUUCCAGAAGCCCCCGUUCCUGAGUCGAAAGUCGAAGAGGUCGAGGCAACUAAAGUUAACUAACAUGGGAACUGCUGUGAUAUCCAGACAUGCCAUGGAGGAGAGACGAGUGCCUUCCCCUCUCAUGGAGGAAGGAAAUAGUAGGACAGAUUCAGAAAUGGAUUUUAGUCAAAUGCAGGACCUUGACGAGGGAAGACCAUCUGCAAGACAUCCAGAGCCUAUCCAGGAUCUCCGUCCGCGACGGGAGGAGCGUCCAACAUCAGAGCAGCAUCCUCCAACAGCUGGAGCUGCCAUGAGAGUCAGGGUCAAGAUUCAGGACAAGACGUUCCUCAUCCCAGUCAGAGAGGCCAGAGAUAUGAGUUGGUUGUGCGAGGAGGCUUCCAAGCGCUACUUUGCAUCCUGUGGCUUACGGCCAAAGCUGGUCCUGUGCACGGGUGAGGGGGCCAUGUUCUCCCCCGAGGACAGUAUCACGGACCUUCUCAGUAACAAUGAGGAGGUGGUUGGCAAGGUUGAGUCCUGGGACCUUCCUCCUCUUACAGAGCGAUACAAACGGGCUUGUGAAACUGCCAAAACUGAUGACCAUCCCAAGAUACACAACCGCCUCCAACUCACCCAGUCCACCCCAGGCACCUUGGACCUGUCCAGCCUGGCCCUCUCCUCCAAGCAUCUCGCCCCACUCUUCCUGGCCCUCCAGUGUCAGUACUCGCUCCGCAAGCUCCUCCUCCCCGGCAACCGCAUCGACGGCACCUCCCUGCCAUCGCUAGGGGCCGCACUGACCAGCCUGCCCAACCUGGCCGCGUUGGAUCUAAGCGGCAAUGCCAUCGGCCCCGAGGGUCUGAAGCUGCUCCGGGAGGGACUGAGUAAAAGGACCGAGGGGAGAGACAGUGUGGGGGCAACCAUGCAAGGACAGGGUCAUGCCAAACCACUACAGCUUCUGGAGACGCUGAACCUGAGCUACAACCCACUGACUGAUGCCAGCGCCCCUCACCUAGCAGCGCUCAUCAGCCACUGCUGCCUAUUGGCCGAGCUCUCACUGACGUCGUGUGACCUCACUGCCAAGCUCUUCCAGCUUCAUCGACGAGCCCUGACCGAGGCUUUCCAGAGUGCGAGUAAUCUGCGCUCGCUCCGUAUUUCCCACAAUGCACUGGGCUCGACAGGAGUGGAGCUCUUUCUGCGCUGUCUGAGCCCCGACGUUGUCUCGUCUCUGGAUCUGUCCUGUGUCAUCUCGUCUGCCAUAGGGAGUAACCUUGCAAAACAUCUGGCGUCUUUUCUGUCACAGCCUGAUUGUUCACUGAAGGAUUUGCAUCUGUCUGGCUGCCAUCUUAAAGACAACGAUAUUCUUGACAUCACUGGGUGUUUGUCAGCCAGAAGUCCCCUCACCUCCCUGAACCUUUCGGGCAACGCCCACGUCACCGAAGUCAGCAUCUGCCCCCUCCUGCAGACCCUGGCUGGCGCAUCCACCUCGCUGGAAUCCCUCGACCUCUCGGGCUGCGGGCUCAGCACACCCCUCUCAACUGACCUCCUGGCAUCACUGUCCCUCGUCCUGGCCAGGGACGGCCCCGCGAGGGCGGGCUUGAAGAGUCUGCGGAUGUGCGGGAGCCAGCUGAGCAAGAAUGACAGGGAGCUGCUGAUUGGAGUGUGGGAGGACGCCCACGGAGACUCGGCUAUGCAUGACGUUGACUCCACUCGCUGUGUGUUUUACAUCCGAGAAUAACUUGUGAUGCCCUUUCUGUUUAACCCUAAAUGAGCCACAGCCAGGUGGAGGGGGGGAAUGAUCACAUACCUGAUCGCUUUGAAAUGUGGUAUAUAUGUGAAGAUCUUCAUUGUAUACAUCUGGUUGUAAAUUAGAAGUGCAUUCCACUUAAAUGUUGGAAGUACUAAGAAUUAUACCAUGGUAUCCCUUUACAAGAGCAGACCUCUGCCAACCUCUUGAAUAUCGAAACUGUAUUCUAAAAAUUCGAAAGUUGCUUUUUCCUUUAAAAAAUCGUAUUUCGCAAAAAAAAAGCAUAUUCCCCCACGUGAUCAUUUUGACCACUUAUCUGGUUUGGGUUUAGUCUGAUUGAGUAACUCAGACUAGAUUGCGUCAACACUUCUUCAUGCAUAAAAUAAUCACACGAGAAAUCCAUUACCGAGGUUGGAGAGUGAAAUGGCCCUAUUCCCACCUGAAUUGAUCACGUUUUCAAAGUAUGAAAUCUUGAAAUGCACAUCGCAUGCAUGUCCAGGCUUUUGGAAUUUUCUGGCACGGAUUUUGUCGCCUGCUCACUGGCCGGCCGUAGAAUGUCUCCAUCCUUGUUUAUUUCCGCAGAUUUAUAACUUGAGGAUUAGUCUUGUCAAAGAUUGCAUCCAAAUCGGACCCUCUUUAGACAAUUCAUACACGGGUGUUGCACUGACUUACUGAUGAGUCUAUGUCCCAAAAUUGUUUGAAAUCUCAUAAAAAACGAUAAACAUAGAACAUGUUAAAGCAAUGUAA